UCAUUCUACUACUAUUACAGUACGAUCAACAAUUGUGAGGUUUUAAUUCAAUUUCGGUAAUUAAUAAAUUUAAAGCGACAAAGUUUUAACCAUGGCUAGGGUUUUGAUGUUAUUGUCUGUGAUAUUCGUCAGUGUUUAUGUGACAGAACAAGCAUACUUUUUACAAAAAAAUUUCAUUGACAAUAUCAAURAACAAGCGACUACAUGGCAGGCAGGUAUGAACUUCAACCCAAAUACUCCAAAGGAACAAAUCCAAAAACUUUUGGGAUCAAAAGGAGUACAAAUCCCAAACAAAUAUAAUAUCAAAAUGUACAAAACCAGCGAUCCAAAAUACGACAACUUAUCCGACAGAAUUCCAACGCGUUUUGAUGCUAGGAAAAAAUGGAGACAUUGUUACACGAUCGGAGCAGUCCGCGAUCAAGGAAAUUGUGGAUCGUGUUGGGCGGUGGCCACGAGCUCGGCUUUUGCUGACCGUUUGUGUGUAGCAACAGAUGGAGAUUUUAAUGAAUUAUUAUCAGCUGAAGAAAUUACUUUCUGCUGUCAUACAUGUGGCUUUGGAUGUCAUGGUGGUUAUCCAAUAAGAGCAUGGAAACAAUUUAGUAAACACGGUCUAGUAACCGGAGGAGACUACGAAUCUGGAGAGGGUUGUGAACCAUACAGAGUCCCGCCGUGUCCUUAUGAUGAUGAUGGCAUUAAUACAUGCGCCGGUAAACCUAUGGAGCAAAAUCACAGAUGCACAAGAAUGUGCUACGGAGAACAGGACCUUGAUUUCGACAAAGAUCACAGAUACACACGUGACUACUACUACCUGACAUACAGCAGCAUCCAACAAGAUGUUAUGAAUUACGGACCAAUUGAAGCAUCAUUCGAUGUAUACGACGAUUUCCUCAGUUACAAAUCAGGUGUUUACAUGAAAACUGAAAAUGCUACAUACUUGGGAGGACAUGCCGUGAAGUUGAUCGGUUGGGGUGUAGAAGAAGAAAUCCCGUAUUGGUUGAUGAUGAACUCGUGGAACACCAGUUGGGGCGACAACGGUCUCUUCAAAAUUCGACGAGGCACAAACGAAUGUGGUGUCGAUAAUUCGACAACUGCUGGUGUACCAGUAACCAACUAACUUUAUUAUUUUAAUUUAUUUUAAACAAAAAAUAACGUCAUUUUAUUUAUGUCUAAAUAAAAUCUAUUUGAAU